AUGGGAACCGUGCUAUCUCUGUCCCCGAGCUAUCGCAAGGCGGCUCUGUUCGAGGACGGGCCUGCUACAGUCGGUCACUACACGGCGGUCCAGAACAGCAAGAACGCCAAAGACAAGAACCUGAAACGCCACUCGCUCAUUAACGUGCUGCCAUGGAAACGCAUCGUGGCGGUGUCGGCCAAAAAGAAAGGCUCCAAGAAGGUCCAACCCAACGGCACCUACCAAAACAACGUGACGCACCUAAACAACGAGAACCUGAAGAAGUCCCAGUCGUGCGCCAACCUGUCCACCUUCACCCAGGACCAGAGCACCCCGUCACUCAACAAAAACGCCAACAAUAUCGUAUCGUCGGUGAAGAAAGCACCACUCGCCAACUCCAAUGUGGCGCCGGGGACCCCCAAAAGAGUCAUUGUCCAAGCGUCCACCAGCGAACUCCUGCGCUGUCUGGGGGAGUUCCUAUGUCGGCGUUGCUAUCGACUCAAACACCUGUCUCCAACUGACCCUGUCCUCUGGCUUCGCAGCGUGGACCGCUCGCUACUGCUUCAAGGCUGGCAGGACCAAGGUUUCAUCACCCCAGCCAACGUCGUCUUCGUGUACAUGCUGUGCCGCGAUGUCGUAUCUUCGGAAGUGGCCACAGAACACGAGCUCCAAGCUGUGCUCCUCACCUGCCUCUACCUGUCCUACUCGUACAUGGGUAACGAGAUCUCCUACCCUCUCAAGCCCUUCCUGGUGGAGUCGUCCAAGGAGACAUUCUGGGACCGCUGCCUGUCCAUUAUAAACCUGAUGAGCGCCAAGAUGCUCCAAAUCAACUCAGAUCCGCACUACUUCACCCAGGUGUUCGCAGAUCUGAAGAACGAGAGCCAGAAGGAGGAGGAGAGAAGCCGUCUGCUCAUCGGGCUGGACCGGUGA